AUGGACAAGAAGAAUGGCAGGGAGUUUCCCGAGGAUGUUUCAACCACAAUAAACCCAAGUUUCAGCCUGAGGCUGCGUCUCUGCGGUCUGUCUGUCUGUCUGUAUCGCGCCUUUCUUUUCCUCCUCAUCCUCGCCGCCUACAUCGGCCUCCUCCCGCACAGCACAUCAUCUACUCUUCCGUCCCAACUUCAACCCAAUGACAAGUUCCUCCAUGUCGUCACCUUCUUCCUCCUCUCCCUCAUAUUCUACUGGAUCUUCGACACUACCCGUCGUCGCACCCUUCACCUAACCCUCGUCGUCUGCACUCUCGUCCUCGGCAUUGGCUCCGAAAUCGUCCAAGGUCUCCUUCCCAACGGCAGGUCCUUCGAUGCGUUCGACCUCCUCGCCAACAUCGUCGGCAGUCUCGGCGCCGUCGGCCUUUGCGGUUGGUACCACCGGCGCAUGCUUGACCGGCGACGCAAGGCGCGCUUCGGUUCCCUGGGCGGCGACGGCACAGAGAACGAUGUCGAGCUCGGAGUGACGGGCCACCACAGCGACGAGGAGGAGGGUCUGGGACCCCAGGAAACAGGCGUUAUGAGCCUAGAGCAGGAGGUAGAUAACUGGGAUGAGAACGCUGUCGAUAAUUGGGAUGAGGAGGACGAGUCUGGAGAUUUGGCCGUUGAUACCUCGAAGAGGACGUCGCCGGCUGAAGAUGGAAAGAAGCGGAGUGAUUAA